CCCCGGCCCCAGCCCCGGCCCAGCCCUGGCCUCCGCUCCGCACCCGGCUCCGCUGCGGCCCACAGAACUGCCAGCAACGCCCGCGAAGCUUCGAGUGCCCAGGCUGGGGGACAUGCCGUGCCGAAGGGAGGAAGAAGAGGAAGCCGGCGAGGAAGCGGAGGCGGACGAAGAGGAAGAGGAAGGCAGUUUCCUCCUGCUGGAGCAGUCUACGAAGCUGGGCAGCUCAAGCGAGGUGGACCAGCUGGUGACCCAGAUCGGCGAGUCGCUGCAGCUGAACGCAGCGCAGGACAGCCCUGCCACCCCGUGCAUGUCCCCCGGGCCGCCGUUGCCGCCCCCGGCGGCGGUGUGGGCAGACAAGGCCGGGGCCCCCGGUCUGCCGCUGCUUCUCCCGCCGGCGCCGGCCGAGGCGGUGGGCACAGCACCCCCGGGGGCCCUUCGCUGCGCCCUCGGGGACCGUGGCCGCGUGAGAGGCCGUGCUGCGCCGUACUUCGUGACAGAGCUCGCUGCUGGUCACAGCACCCUGUCCUCAUUGCCCCCUCAGUCCAGCCUACAUGGGCCUUCAGGAGACGACAAGCGAGGUGCCCCAAAGCAGCUGUCGGGCCCCUGCCGACGAGGGUGGCUGCGGGGGGCCGCUGCCUCCCGCCGCCUGCAGCACCGACGUGGGCCCCGGACGGAUGUCUACGGUGUUGAGGACGACGACCCGCAUCGGCUGCUGCAGCAGCUGGUGCUCUCGGGGAACCUCAUCAAGGAGGCCGUGCGGAGGCUAAAAUCCGGACGACCGCAGCCACACGGAGGUGUUCCCCAACGCCCGCUCCCGACGCCUCCCACGGCCGCAGCCCAGGAGCCCGCGUCGCCCCCCAGCCCUCGCGCCGUCUGCAGCGACCCCGGAGGAAGCGCGCCGCUCAGAACUGGCGACGGCGUUCCGGUGCCGGGCAGCUAAUGCCCCGGGAGUGUUCGCUGCGCCAGCCUGCGCCCGGAGCACCAGGGGAUUCUCCUGAGGGCUGCAUCUUUACUCAGACUGAUGAACUCACACUUCCGAAGCGGGAAAAUAAGCUAAGGACGAGGAAUCGAAACAUCGCCGAUGUUUUCGCGGGGAACUGAGGUCAAGGGCCCUGAUGUUGAAAAACAGGACUCAAUUGGCCCUAUGUAAGGCAUAUUACAGAGCGCACCCCCAGCUCACAGUCAAUAGGACUCCUUAUUUGGCGUGACCAUUCUCGGAGGCACCCCGCAGCCUCCCCGGGCCUCCAGCCCGGCGACCAUGUGGCCACAGUUCGUGCUUCUCGGGAUCGCCAUGCUCCCUAAGGACGAGGAUGAUCCCAGUUACUUGUUUUACGUUUUCAGGGUUGGUUCCUGACUCACUUUGGGGGGAGGGGAACAUGAGUUGAUCAUUUCAGGGAGUACCUCAAACUACCACUCUUGAAAAUUUACAACACUUAAAAAAAACCAUUUUGUGUCUUUUGGGGUGCUGAUUCUUAAAACCCACGGUACCAUGAAAGGACCUUUUCUCUGUCCCUGCUUUGUAACUGACUGCGGUUCCCCCAGUGGAGGGGAAAGCCGCGGUGUGUCUAGGGUGGGGAUGGAGGUGGGCGGUGCAGUGCUGGAGUCUCCUGAGGACAAGCACACAGCCACCCGCCGCGGUGCUGGGAGGCGGGGAUGUGCUGGGCGCCGGCACCUCCAGCGGGCCGCCGCACUCAGGGCUUUCAUGGAAACAGUCCAAAGACGUGGCCUCGGGUCCCUCCUCUCCCCCUCAGCUCUGCUGUUUUACCCAAGAGGGUGGUGCUGGUGCUCCUGGGGGCCCUGUCGGGGGGCUGGGGAGACGCCACGUGACGGGCACUCCAGGGACACCCAGCCUCACACAGCAGCUUAUAAUGGGCUCUCCAGGGCCAUUUGCAAUAACAGCUGCAAUUCCCCGGGUAGACGGAGUUGAUUUCCUCCCUCUGCCCCUCCCCCAGCCAUGCCAGCUCGCCUUUGUAAGUGAAGGAAACCGAGUAGAAAAUGUGACCCUCCAAAUGGAGAAGCUGCACGCUUUGCCAUUGUAAACCGUGGUGAAGUUCAUAACAUACUGUUCACUCACUCUGAGGGACUGAAGACUGGUUAGUUGGUGUUUUAGUUUUAUAAGAUUCAAUGGCCUGUUCAUCAUCCAGAUGUGGCUAUUGACAUAUCUACACUUCGUGCUGGAGUGUCUGGA